ACUCUCUGCACAGUCAUGAGUCUGUGCACAUCAAGCACAGAGCAGGUCGCCGCUUUCUGCCGCAGUCUCCAUGACAUGAAUCCCUCAGAGUGUGUGUCCUCUUCGCCGAGCCCGGAUUCACCCUUCCCGCCUACCGCGACUCCCCGACAGCUGUCUGAUGCCGACAAGCUCCGCAAAGUGAUCUGUGAACUCGUGGAGACCGAGCGCACCUAUGUCAAAGAUCUCAAUUGUCUCAUUGGGAGAUAUUUAACCCCACUGCAGAAAGAGAAUUUCCUCACACAGGAUGAGCUGGAUGUUCUAUUUGGCAAUUUGCCAGAAAUGGUGGAAUUCCAGGUUGAGUUCCUAAAAACGCUGGAAGACGGAACCAGAUUGGUUCCAGAUCUGGAGAAGUUGGAGAGUGUGGAUCAGUUUAAGAAAAUACUCUUUUCUUUGGGAGGCUCUUUCUUGUACUAUGCGGACCGUUUUAAGAUCUACAGUGCUUUUUGUGCCAGUCAUACUAAAGUCCCAAAGGUUCUUGUGAAGGCCAAAACCGACCCUAAUUUCAAGGCCUUUCUUGAUGAGCGGAACCCCAAGCAGCAGCACUCCUCCACCCUGGAAUCCUAUUUGAUUAAACCCAUACAGAGGGUGCUAAAAUACCCCCUUCUGCUAAGGGAGCUCUACUCACUGACGGACCCAGACAGUGAGGAACACUACCACUUGGAUGUUGCUAUAAAAGCCAUGAACAAGGUUGCCAGCCACAUCAAUGAAAUGCAGAAGAUCCACGAGGAGUUUGGAGCAGUGUUUGACCAGCUGAUCACUGAGCAAAGCAGUGAAAAGAAAGACGUGGCUGAUCUAUCGAUGGGCGAUUUGCUGCUUCACAACACUGUGACAUGGAUCAACCCACCCAUUUCUCUGGGAAAAUGGAAGAAAGAACCACAGAUGGCAACAUUUGUUUUCAAAACUGCUGUGGUGUUUGUAUGCAAAGAAGAGUCCAAGCAGAAGAAGAAAAUUGGCGGCUCACAUCGAGUUUCUGUAUCUUCGGAAGAAAAAGAUCCUUUCCGAUUCCGUCACAUGAUUCCUACAGAUGCCCUUCAAAUCCGAUCCAUGUCAAACACAGAUGGUGAGAGUUCUGCUAUGUGUGAAAUAGUUCACACAAAAUCAGAGUCAGAAGGAAGACCAGAGAGGACGUUUCACCUGUGCUGCAGCUCUCCGGAGAGCCGAAAGGAAUUUCUGAAGACAGUCCACUCCAUCUUGAGAGAAAAGCACCGCCGACAACUCCUAAAGACAGAAAGUUUACCCCUCAACCAGCAGUAUGUGCCAUUUGGAGGAAAGCGACUCUGUGCCCUGAAGGGAGCCCGUCCAGCCAUAAAUAGAGCCGCAUCUGCCCCAACCAGGACUCUAGGCAGGAGAAAGCUGGUGCGCAAUCGUUUCACCAUAGACACCGACAUUGUUUUUGAUGGGGACUCAGAACAGCAGGACCUCACUUCACCACAGGAAUCCGAUUCAGCUCCGCUGCAGCAGAAGGAUGAGCAGCAGUCUGAGUUAGCGGGAGACACAGACCGCUGGGUGGAGGAGCAGUUUGACCUAGAAGAGUAUGAAGACCAGGAAGAAAUGAAGGAGACAGACAUCCUAAGCGAUGAUGACGACGAGUUUUGCCAAACACCCAGAGCUCUAUCUGAAGAGGCUGAUCUGGAGAGCCCCCUGAUGGCUUUAUCCCUGGAGGGUGCAGAAACAGACGGGAGUAAGAGCCUGCCGUCUCCAACUGUGAGCGACAGACCAGAUGAAGAGAAGAUAUCCGACACAGAGAGGAAGAGCUCCGUAACCGACAACUCCAAGGACAAGAAUCAAGCAGUGAAGGCUGAGGUUUGGGUUCGAAGGGAGCCGUCAGAUUCAUCUCCAGACUGCCCCACAUAAGAGCUGAAGGGGACAGGAAUCUCCCCAUGUUUGCCGCACAACGAUCACUCAUCACAAACUGUGCAUGAGCAUUGAUGUAUAUCACACAGCUAGUAAAGAAACAGUACACCCUCCUUUACCUUACUUUAUGCUGAAUGCUUUUUUGUACAGGUAAGAUCAUUUGUGGAGCAAUAAUUAACCCAGAAUGAGGGGGCUGUAUCCCAAAUCAGAUGCUGUUUCAUAACGGUCAAGUGUUUGCUUAGAGAGGUGAAAUAAUGGUACAAUCAUGGGAUCUAAUCACUUGCUUUGAUUGGCAUGGUUUGCACAUUUGGGCGGCAUUCUGUAGUCCUGCCUGCUGUUGCCAAAUUUGGGUAUUGUGAGAACAUUUAUAUUUGUUUCGUCUCUGUGACUCAAGAUAUUAUCAUAGCUAAGGGCUGUAUAUUAUUUGUCCUUAAAGACAUAGAAUAAUAAAUUCCAGAUGACAGUCUUGCAUAGAUUACUGUACAUUUUCACAUGAAUAUACACUGACGUGUCAUGAUUUUGAUCUUUAGUUUUAGCUCUCUUGUUACAUUUAAUAACAGAAUGAUGUGAAAGCCGUAAUGUCACUGAAGCAAUGGGUUUUUAAUUUUUUUUAACCUUAUCCUGUUUUUACUUGAAUUUGUAUUUGCUGUGUCAUUUUUUUACUACUGUGAAAUCACGUUAUAUUUUACCAACGGUACUACCUAAAGUACUGCA